CCGCGUCAAGCCAGCCAGUCAGUCUUUCUUUCUCCUUCCUGCACUUUUGAUGGUCCUCCAAAGCGAGUAGCGUUUUGAGCGGCGAAGCGGGGCAUCACUCCCGCGAGGGGUGAGCGGCGUCGGAGAGGCGCUUGAGGGUGGACGACGGGCUGAAGAUUUCAGAACAGAUGUUGGAAGAUGUUGGCGGUGGACAAAGGGAUCGUAGAAGAAUGGUUAUCGGAAUACAAGACAGUGCCAGAAGCAUCUAUACCAAGCUAUGCUAAAAAUCUGAAAGACAAGAGUUCUCUGGUUUCAUCUCUUUAUAAAGUUAUUCAGGAUCCACAAAGUGAGCUGCUAGAACCAGUCUGUCAUCAGCUGUUUGAAUUUUAUCGUAGUGGUGAGGAACUUCUGCUUCAGUUCACACUGCAGUUUCUUCCAGAACUGAUAUGGUGCUAUCUUGCUGUUUCUGCCAGUAAGGACCUACAAAGCAGUGGCUGCAUAGAAGCACUUCUCUUAGGAGUUUAUAACUUGGAAAUAGUUGACAAACAGGGGCACAGUAGGGUAUUAAGUUUUACAAUUCCAUCCUUAUCCAAACCUUCCAUAUAUCAUGAACCUUCCAGUAUUGGUUCAAUGGCUCUUACUGAGGGUGCUCUAUCUCAGCAUGGCUUAUCCAGGGUUGUGUAUAGCGGACCUCAUUUGCAGAGAGAGAUGUUAACAGCACAAAACAGGUUUGAAGUAUUGACAUUCCUUUUGUUGCGUUACAAUGCUGCCUUAAGCUAUAUGCCUGCAGUUUCUCUUCAAUCUUUAUGUCAAAUCUGCUCAAGGAUCUGUGUUUGCGGAUAUCCUCGUCAACAAGUAAGGAAAUACAAAGGCAUAAACAGCAGGAUUCCAAUUUCCUCUGAAUUCAUGGUGCAGAUGUUAACUGGGAUUUAUUAUGCUUUUUAUAAUGGAGAAUGGGAUCUAGCUCGUAAAGCAAUGGAUGAUAUUUUAUACAGAGCACAACUGGAGUUAUAUCCAGAACCACUGUUGGUUGCUAAUGCAAUAAAAGCUUCAUUGCCUCAGGGUGCCAUAAAAUCUAAUAAAGAAGGUACAAAAUGUAUUCAGGUUGAAAUUACACCUACUGCAUCUAGAAUAUCAAGAAAUGCAGUGACCAGCAUGUCUAUUCGGGGCCAUAGAUGGAAAAGGCAUGGUAAUGAACUAGGCAUUCCAGAAGAAGAACUGAUAGAAGUGUCUGAAGUUGAUGAGGGUUUUUACUCUAGGGCUCCUUCUACCACAAAUCAUUCUGCUUUCAGCAGCAACACCAGUAACAAGACUCAGCUAAGCAAAAGUCAGCGGAGGUCUGGAGGAAGCAAGGUGGGAGGAAAAGAAAAAGAAACUGUUGGUGAAGCCUACAAAGAUCAUCUGACUCGUAAACAAAACCAGCGAGCAAUGAGUGAGAAUUUAGAGCUUCUGUCUUUAAAGAGACUGACCCUGACUAGCAGCCAAUCUCUGCCUAAGCCAGGCAGUAAUAGUUUGGCUAGAACUAGCACUACUCUUUUUAGCAAAUCCUUUGAGCAAGUCAGUGGUGGUGUAGUCCCAAAUAAUCACCACAGUGGCACAGAAGCAAACAGAUUUUCAGUCUGUAGUCUGCAAGAGGAGAAUCUGAUUUUUGGAGCCGACAGAAUAGAACUUCCUAUUUCAAGCAAACAGCCAAAUCAGCAACGACCACCUACCAUCAGCAUAACUUUGUCAGCAGACUAAGGAGCACCUGACAAAUUUGACAGUAUAAAAGAGAUUCAGUUGCUAGUACUAUAGCCCUGAUACCCUUUUUUAAAAAAAUCUUUUGAGAUAUCUUUAAAGAUUUUCUUAGUUGAAAAUAAUGUCUAAAUUGCAAGUUUUAAGGAUUGCAGUGUUUAAAAAGAAUGAGGUAGACAAUUCUAAGUAUUUUAUAAUAAUGAUGUCACAGUCUUUGAGCUUCUUAAUUUGAGGAUUGACAUUUGUAAUGGUACUACAAUAAGGUUUGUACCGAAAAUCUAGUACAUGAUGAACCUGUACCAGGGAAAUUUUUAAAAUAUGGGUUGUGCUGCUUGUGCAAGCUUCAGUUACAUGUUUUUGGUGAACAAUGGGUUGCAAUCCAGAAUAUAUGUGCCAUUUUACUA